AGAAGCCUGCUGUUAAUUCUUGCAAGCCUGAGUCACAAUGACCAGCAAAGCUGAACUCGCGUGCGUUUAUUCUGCACUCAUCCUUCAGGAUGACGAUGUUGCCAUCACCGGAGACAAGAUCUCAACAAUCUUGAAGGCCGCGAACGUUACGGUUGAGCCGUACUGGCCUAGCUUGUUCGCCAAAGCACUAGAAGGUGUCGACGUGAAGUCUCUGCUAUCGAACGUUGGGUCUGGUGUGGGAGCAGCUCCCGCUGCGGCAGCACCGGCCGCAGCUGCGGCUACCGGAGGUGGAGACGCCGCACCUGCAAAGAAAGAGGAGAAGGUGGAAGAGAAGGAAGAGUCAGAUGACGAUAUGGGCUUCGGCCUUUUCGAUUAGAUCGUUGUUUCUUGGCAAUUGUCCAUUUUUGUUGGGUAAUACAUGCUGAUGAGGGACUUUGAUCUUGAAAA